AUGCAUACAGAUAACAAUUCCAUACGACAUGAAAAAGAAAGUAGCCACGGCACGAAUCUAACAUAUAACAUGCAAACUCCGCUAACUCAACAACAGCCACAGCAAUCACCGCUACAGGAACACAAGUAUAAGCGGAACUAUCGUGCAUGCCUUAAUUGCCGCGUGCGGAAAGUCAAAUGCGAUUUGGGUCCUGUUGAUAAUCCCCAUGAUGGGAAAUGUGCCCGAUGUUUACGAGAGCGGAAAGAUUGUGUUUUUGUUGAAAGUAAGCGUGGCGGAGCCAAUAACGUAUUGAGCGGGAGACGUAAAAGGCAAAAGCAAAAUCAUCUGGGAGAUUAUGAGACGAGCCAGUCCCCUGAUUCUGCCUCGAAUAUUUCUCGUGGUAACCAUGAAGUGAAUUAUCUUGGGUCAAACGUAUCGGCACACCAACAUGACUCCUCACCGCAAUCUUUGCCUGGUAUCAAUAGUAUUUUAAGUGAAGGCGACUCACAUGGCGCGAAUGGCCUGCACAGACCAAGCCCGAAUUCGUAUGAUUCAGCGCAAAAUGUAACAACUACAUCAACAGUGGAGAGCAAAAACGACAAUGUGGUAGAUAAGACAGGACAACGUAAUCAUUUUGCUACAAUGGAGGGUGCUUUAGUGUUUUUGGCGAGUGCAGCAGGAACAAUUGCCAAGGCGGACGAGAGAGACAAUAUUGAUGCAAGAGCUAAAUAUGAUCAGAUUGAAGCUAUGACGGGAAACAAUAGCCACAGAGCCAGUGUUGAUGAGAACAAUACUCCACAAAUGAACCAGGAAGAAAUACAUUCCUCUUACAUGCUGAGACAGAAUUCUCAACUGCAGUAUGCCACAAGUCAUCGCUCUAGUUUAGAUAAUGGAACACAAAGUUCACGUUCAAUGAGUUGCAAUGACUCUGUAACCAACCAGCAACAAAAUCAACAAGAUUAUCCAUCCAUUUCGAGUCGUCACAAUUCAAUUGACAACAACAAGUCUCAGAUAUACCCUUAUAUGAAUCCAACCAGAAAUAAACGAAUGAUGAUGCCAGCAGCAGAAAGUGGUUAUGCAGUACGUCCUAAAGCAUCAAAGAAGUUGUCAAGUAUUGAGUACAUUGGACCUGCUCCACACGGUAUUUUAACUGAAGAUGAAGCUGAGCGUUUAAUCAAUUUGUUUUUCUCCACCAUGCAUCCGUAUUUCCCUCAUAUUCCUAAAUUCCUUCACUCGCUGAAAGUGUUAUCAGGAUAUCCUAUAUUGCUUUGUGCAAUCUUGACAAUAUCAUCACGAUAUCACCCAUUUGAAAAUAAUGCUAGUAGCUUACAAAAUGGAAAUGUACCGAGAAAUAUUGAAGUUCAUGAUCGAUUGUGGCUUUAUGUCCAACGAUUGAUUUCACAAACAGUUUGGGCUGAAGCUAGUACGAGAUCAAUUGGAACGAUAUUUGCAUUUCUACUUUUCACCGAGUGGAAUCCUCGAGCUAUACAUUGGAGAUGGUCAGAUUAUGCAAACAAGGCAGAAGAGGGAGGUAAUGAAAGUGAGGCUGGAAUGGGUGGAUUAAACUUACAAGGUGGUGGCAUUGGAGCAAUUCAUGCAACAACGGCUGCUCUUGGUGGGAAAAGUGGCAGUGGUGAUGGGAAUGAUGGGAAUGCUGCUGUUGGUGGUCUGAAUCUUGCCGGGUUAGGCGCAAUGAGAAGAAGUCAUCGUAUGGCAUGGAUGUUAAUUGGAAGUGCAGUGCGUUUGGCUCAAGAUAUGGGGUUUAUGGAAAUGAGCUCAAAGACGUUAAUUGCGACUCAUAUAGCAGAAAUUAAUUCAGUUAUGGACAUAUCACGUCGUUCAAUGCUCGCUCAUUCUUUAUCUGAGAUAGACUUGGACGAAGAUGAAAUAAGUGAAGAAGAUGUGGAAUACGGAGAAGAUGUUGAUGAUGAUGUCAACAUUAUGAAAAUGAGUGAAGAAGAGCUCAAACGUGCAGCUAGUGAACAUACAUUCAAGUUUACUAAAGCACAAAAGGCACAAAUUGAAUUGCUACAGAUUAUGUCUUUGGGUCAUGAAUCGUUUUAUGGGUACAAGGCACAAUUGGGUCAAUUAUCACAGCGUCAGAAUUUGUCAGUUUUGAAUAUAAUUAGUCCUUUAAUUAACAACUGGAGUCGCAAGUACAAGCAAUUUUUAGUCCCAACAAGUGGAAAAUUAGCUAAACAUGUGUCCAACUUCCAACAUCAAUGGACAAAACCAAGGUCCAAAACAUGUCAGGAGAUUAAUGAAUCUAUUCAACAAGAGUCGUUCAUCUUUGAGUUUAAUUAUGUGAAGCUUUACAUUUAUUCAUUAGCACUUAGUCCUUCCCCAAGGACUAUGAUGGGGAAAAAGAAUAGAGUAUCACUAAAAUUGGAUGAGUUAUCCAGAUCAGCUAGAUUCAUUGAACAAGCUUUCAACGCAGCCAAUGAAAUGUUGAAUGCAGCCCAUCGCAUCCACAAGUUUAAAAUGUUGCGAUUCAUGCCGGUACGUUGGUUAACGAGAUUAGUUCGUGCUGUAGCUUUCAUCGUUAAAUGCUACUUGACAAUAACAGCGCAAAAGAAUGGUAGUGGAACUGCAGCUGCGGCAUUUGCAUCAACGAGGGAAACGUAUGAUCCAACUGUGUUAUCAUUUAGCUUGAUUAGUAUUGAUGAUAUAUCUUCCCUGAUUCAUCGAGCUGCGUUGACAUUGAGAGACUGUUCACCAGAUGAGUUGCAUUUGUGUACGCGGUAUUCCAAUAUUUUGAUGUAUUUGUAUUCUGAAAUGAAGAAUAAAAAGAACGAUCAGGAAGAAGAAGAGAUGGAUGGUGAUCAUCAUUAUCCUCAAGUCGAAAGUACUUCGUCCGAUAGAGGCAGGUACCAACCUUAUGAGCAUGAAGGUGUGCAACCACCAAUAUCCACAAAAACACACUUUUCACAUGGUGUAACCUUGAAUGAGUCAGUUGAGCAACAAACUCCACAACAUCAACCAUAUGAAAAGCUGGAUGCGUUCCCGUAUGGCCCAUAUUUUAAACAACCAACAAAUGUUCCAACAUCAGCGCCAAUUGCCGUUGGUGUUACAGGAAAACCAACUAGUCCAAUGGCACUGAACAUGACGUCGGCAUCAGUGUCGGCUCCAGGACCAGCAUCGUCCGUGCCUCCACCAUCAACCCAACUGCAUGAUAAAGAAGCAUCUUUUUCGUCAUCCAACUCUACGAACACGGGUCAAUUGGGUACAUCUUCUAGUUCUUUCAAUCGCCCGACUUCGACAGGUAAUGAUGCCAGCGGUGACAACACUGAUACUGGUAUAUCAGCAGGAAACAAUAACAACAACAAUAUAAUGGGUAUUGGUGAUUCAGAAGUCAUGGAUUGGUUUAUGAAUAAUCAAACCAUUGGUUUGGAUUUCGUUGCUCCUUGGACAGAAAUGAUUGAACAGCAAUUGAAUUCUAAUGAUCAGAAUUUUUACCUCUAA